AUGUUUGAUAGUUAUAUUCGUUCACUUCAAGGGGUAAGACAUGUGAAGGGUUUAAAGAAGAAUUUAUUAUCGACUAGACAACUGGAUAAACUUGGUUGCAAGACCCAUAUUGAAGGUGGGAUCUUGAAAGUUGUUAAAGGUGCUCUUGUAGUAAUAAAAGCAGAAAAGAUUGUCGCAAAUCUAUACAUGUUUAUUGGAGAUACUUUGCAAGAGGCAGAGGCAUCAGUUGCUUCAGCAAGUCAAGAAAAAAUGACAAUGAUAUGGAGGUUAUGGGUGUACCCGAUCAAGAAGAAAUCAGACGUGUUUGCGAUGUUUAAAGGGUUCAAAGUAAAGUUGGAACUUAAAUCUGGAAAGAAGAUCAAGUGUUUAAGGAUAGAUAAUGGAGGAGAAUAUAUUGAUGGUGACUUUCUAACAUUUUGCAAGCAAGCAGGUAUUCAACCGCAAUUUACAGUUACAUAUACACCUCAGCAAAAUGGUGUAGCAUAG